GACAAAAACCUACUAGAUUUACAAUGUUACUUGACACGUCAAACUGUUUUCUAAAAGUUAUCUUGACAAACAUUAACCUAUUCAAAAUAUUUAAACAUGUCUGAUACUAUUAUGAGUGUUCAAGAAUUAAUAGACACCGCCUUUCCAGAUGAAAUAACAAAUAGUACAAUCAACUUACGAUUGUUGAAAACGGUAAUAAUCAUAAUUGCCAACCAAUUAAGAGUUCUCCACCGACAAGUGCAAGUUUCUGUUGACCGCGGUGUAAAGCACUCCAAAACAAGUUUACGGCCCAGUCAGACUGUUUCUGAAAUUAGAAUACAAGUUGGCGAUAAAGAAAGGCAAACCCGAGUUAGCAAAGAAGCAGGCAAAAGAAAGGCAGAGAAGAGAACAGAGCAACAUGUGAAGAGAAUGGAGGAACGAAGUUCAAAAGACGAAGGAAAAGUAAACGUAAAAGAAAAAUCAGAAGAUGAAGAAAACAUUAAAGAAGAAGGAACAAAUAAAGGGUUGGAAACCCAAAGGGAAAAAAGUAUCAAAAAGAAAGUAAGAAAAGAUAAAGUGGAACGCCAAAAAGAACGAGGUGUAAAAGUUCAAUCCAGCAAAACUAUCGUGCAUUCAGUGUCUGACGGUACCGAGGAGCAUGUAGAUUACGACACAGGCGACCCCGUGUUACAAGAAGCAGUUUCAAUACACGAUACUAACGAAGAUGACAUGGAAGAGCUGCGAGAGCGAGAAAUCAGGAUCAUAAGUCAGCGAGCUGAUUCUCAUGAAGAUCCUGCUUUGUCGCCAUCUCCGAUGGCUUCAGUUCAUUCUUUCGGCAAGGAAAAUCUACUUAUAGGUCGCCUUCCACGCAUAAGUGUGGUGACUAAAGAACAAUUCGAUGAACUAGCUAAUGCUGUUCAUGAGCUUGAAGCUAGAUUUAAUCCGACGAUAGGCAUUCCGAAUUUUCCCGAAAAUGCAGAGUUUUUGAAAGCUCUUCGAUCCGGAGCUUCUCUAACGGAAGCGAUGGCGGCUUUUCAAAUGUCAACAAGACUGCAGACCUUCGAAAAAGCCUUCGAAAUCAUGACAUCCUUACUCACUGAAUUGGCUAAAAAGACUCCAGGAAUCAAUGUCUCACAAUUUCGAGAAUUAGAAACAAACUUUGCUCAUGGAGGUCUUCUAAGCGAGAUCCACUUGCCACAUAGAGAGGAACAUGUAAAAGCUGAUUGGGUUUCUCGCGAUGAAUUUAACAACGCUAUGCAUGAGUUGUACGAUGAAGUUAUGCAAGUCGUAAAAAAAGAUUCUAAACCUACUGAUACCAAAAAUACUGAAUUAUUGUUAGGUCAACUUGAAAGAAAAAUAGAAUCGGUAAAUUACCGAGAGCGUAUUGAAAAUUUAGAAGCAGAAAUUACAGAAUAUGCUGAAAAGUUUAUUAAUCUAGACUUUAGUCUCUCGUCCCAGAUUGGCAGCUAUCAAGAACAGUUGACUCAGAUGCAGUAUCAAUUAGAAACAGGAAUAGAAAAUAUGGUAGACAAAGUGGCUCAUAUACGCACUGCUCCGGAAGCUCUAAAGGAAUUAAAUAUACGACUAGACACAUUGCAGCAAGAUUUAGAAAAUACAACCGCUGAACUGAAAGAUCUGAGAGCCUUUCAGAAUAAUAUGACUUUGGACUUGGCGCGAAUAUGGAAAGAAAUCGAGUUAAUACGUGAUGCAAAGGCCGAUCGAGAAGAGAUCGCUGACGUGCUCCGCGAUAAAGCGGGCAUCGAAAACCUGAAUGGGAUGGUCUCAGCAGGAGAAUUUAAUGCAGUUUGUGCAGAUAUAGAAACAAAGAUUAAUGCUUCAUAUAACAAGUUCAACAAUCAAGAAAUUAUUUGGCAGAUGGCUAUAGAUGACCUUGCUAAAUCAAUAAACGAAAAGGGUGACUGGAAGGACAUCUAUACUCUACGUGAGGACAUAAACCGCCAUCUUAAUAACCUGCAAGACAAGGUAGAUAAGCUGAUAGAGGUGGUCGGUGAACCUCGUGCUGCCGCUAUUAGGAAGAAACUCUUCAGUGACUCUGACUGCGUAUGCUGCGGUACUCCUGCUAAUAUGAAUAUAGAAGUUCCUGUUCAGAGACUGCCUAAUUUUACUAAGAUAAGAGCAUCAGCAGAUGGCGCCGAAGCUCCUAACAUACCGAAAGCAGAUGGGGACCAUGCAGUACUAUGUAUUCCGGGACGCCCUGUAGCGCAUCCUGAGGAUGCAAGAAGCCAUAUGUGCCAGCGGUUUUGCGGUGGGUCCCACACUCUUAUACCACCCGUGCCUCGGGCUCCUCCUGGUGUAACCAUCACUCAAUGUCCACGAGAAAAUACUACCACGAUCGGCAGUGACGGAAAGGCAUAUAUGACUGACGAGUAUAUAGAACUUAAACCUUGUACACAAUGUAACGUUCCAAAAGGAACUCCGCAGCUGAAGAAAAACGCCGAUGAGGAGGCCACGAAACCGGCUAUUACCGAGAGAAAUACUUCAUCAUUCGCCAUAAUGGAAGAAAUGUCUUGGCUGGCAGCGCAUAAACGUAGCGAAGGAUCUGAAAAUCGAGCUUUGCCUUCAUUUGAUAAUUAUGAUAUUUAAACUUUUAUU